AGCCCUUGAGCUCAGAUGGAAUUUGUAAAACUGACAAGUGGCAGGACUCUAACAAAAGGCGGAGCUAAUUCCUUCCAGAAGCAGAGUGAAAUUGUUACACUGGAGGUCGUCAGACGUAGGUACAUUUUAAGUAAGAGACUCAGAGCUCCACCUUUCCCUUUCGACCUUAUCUGAUUUAGAUCUGAUUUUCAUUUUACCAUUGUGGUGAGAUCAGUUGGAUCAGCCUGGGAUGAAUUGCAUAUGACAAGCAAGCAAGCAUGCACCAUCGGGGAUAUGAGUCCAACUUACGCGGUCUACAGAUAACAGCCUUCUGCGGGGCAGUCGUGAGGAGCGGUACAUGUUAAAGCGGAAACAAAAUAAAUAUGUCUGGAACCAAUCAAAGGCAAAGAAAGCUUUUGCAUCUUUUCUCAAGAAUAUAAAUCCUUACUCCAACCCUGGGAUGCCAACACACCAGGAUCUGAGGAUAUGUCACGGCGUCAUAAACCCCGGUCACCCGUGCGAAACUCCUAACGAAACCAACGGCCACGUCUCCGAGGGCCCCAGCGACGCGGACGCCCUCCUCAGCCGGAUCUCCUCCUGGGUGGACACCCGAUACUCCGCCAGAAAGGCGCUGGAGCACUUCAGUCCCGGGCCCGCCGCCGCCGCCGCCGCCGCCGCCGGCACGCGGGACACCUUCCUGUCCCGCCGCGCCAACGAGCGGUUCCUGGAGCUCCACCGGGACUUCGGAGAGGAGUGCGGCCCCGGGUCCCGUCAGCACUCGUGGGCGGCCUUGGAGACGCGCCAGGAGGUGGUCAUGUAUGGGCCGUACUACCCCGACUACGCCCGCGGGGAGCACAGCGAGGACCCGGUGGUCCGGCAGACGGAGGAGCUGCUGGGGGCCGAGGGGGCCCGGGCCCGCGGGGCCAGCGUGUACAUCUUCACCCAGAACAGCCCGUGUCUGGACCGGGACACGCAGCCGUGCAUGCUGCUCCUGGUGGAGAAGGCCCUGGAGUGGCACGCGCUCUACGGGGUGACGGUGCACAUCGGGUACGCCAGGUGCUGGGGCUUCAAGGGGAACAAGGAGGCGCUGUUCCGCGUGGUGGACCGGCGCCAGCUGGAGUGUGUGGGAGCGAGCCGCGACCACACGAGCUACGUGGAGGCGGUGAGGAAGCGCCCCGAGGCGGAUCUCGGCCUGCUCUCCGAGGAGCUGUUCUCGGCGGUGAGGCGGACGCUGGGCGCCGGAUCGGAGCACCAGGAGUUCUCUUUGAGGAACGGCACGCCGGAGCCGAACUGGAAGAGUUCCUUUAGGGACGCUCUGACUCGCGCCUCAGGGGGCGAGCCAGAGAUCGAGAGGGAAGCCCUGACACAGGAGGUGGACGCCAUGACUGAAGCGGCGCAAGAGCUGGUCUCUGAUGGGGGCCCGCGGACCCUGGGGUCGCACAUGGAGAGGGGACGGACGUUUGCGCAGGAGUACGGUUUGGCCUCCCAGACGGGCGAGGCCGUGCGGGCCGGGGCAAGGCUGGCGUUCCUCCGUUGCUGGAGAGACGUGGUGGAGACGAGGUACGCAGAGUUCAUCAGGGACGGACUGACGGACGACUUCAACCGCUGCGUGACUCACCUGUUUAGUGAGGACGUUGUGAAGUUCGACAAGGAAUACAUACAGAUAGGAAGGAUAAGGUUUUCCGAGGAAUUUCCACCUUCUUCGGAAGGUUGUUUACUCUACUAGGCCGUAUGGCCAGCAACUCAAAGAAUGGAGCUAAGCACUUGUGGUAUUGUAAGACGCUUUGGAUCCAAGGGUCCACCCAAUGGCGUAUAUAGAUGUAUAUACCAGCCAUUUAGCAGAUGAUUGUAUCCAAAGGGACUUACUGUGGGGUAAGAUAAGGAGCAGGUUGGGGUAUUGGGGCUUUGUUACUCAAGGAUGCCUACAGGUGAGGCUGUGGACAUGGGGGUUCACUCACAGAACCUCACAGCUGGCAGUGAAGUACCCUAACCAUAAUAUCCGUCCUACUUUAGUAGUAAAGGGGAACAAAUCGAAAGAAGAAAGUGUGGACUUGGUGUGUAUGUCGUAUAUAUAUAUAUAUAUAUAUAUAUAUAUAUAUAUAUAUAUAUAUUGUGUGCAUAUCAUGAGUGCCGUUCUGAAGGAGACACAGAAUCCAAGAGUACGUUGUGUACGCAUAAUGUUUUGUCUUUAUUACAGUGUCCUCUGCAGGGCUUCAGCUAGGCAUAGAGGAACGAUCUCCGGUAGUAGCUGGUGCACGGGGAGAUCUUCCACACACACAUUCGUCGGUGCGUCGGUGCGUUAACUGGAGUGGAGGUUGUUUUCUUUACAUAAAGGAUUGCAUAUUUAUAUUUAGGAUAAUAACAUUAUGUAGAAAUGUCUAGACCACCGCCAGUUCAUUCAUAUUUCUCCAGGUUUGUCACAGGUUAAUUAAAGCAUACAUUUUGGCAGUAUUUUGAAGAAAGAAAAUAACAGUAUUUUUGACAUCACAUCUACUAUGAAAAAGGUUUAUUACACAGUUAUGGGGUUUUGGAUAUAUAUAUAUAUAUAUAUAUAUAUAUAUGUGUACAUAAAUAUUAGCCAGACCCUACAAAAAAGACCUAAAUCAGAGAAGCAUUUCCAUAUCUUACAAGAGAAAGGUGCACUAGAAGGUUACAAUACAGAGAGAGCGCUGCGGGCAGGUCAACUCAUUCACAUCACAUGAUUUGUGAGCAUCGUUUUAGUCACAUAAGUAGUUAUACAUUUGUAUCACUCUGAGUAAUGAAAAUGUAAGAUGUAUUUGUCCAUUCUUAAAUUAAAGUGAAAUAAGCCGGCCUUUUCCAAGCCUCGAGGGUGAUCAUGUGUUACAAUCUAGAGGCCGUUUGAAAAUUUGUCUGGAGGAGUGAUGCACUAUCUGGGUUUUGAGUUGAGUUCAACUUUUCAAGUAAGUAUAGAAGGCUAUACUUCAUGGUUGUGUCGACUAUUUGUUGGAGUAGCGUGGCAUUUUCCCGGCAGUUUUGACCGGUAUUCUUUUUCCAGUUUACGAGUCAUGACCUAUUAUAAAUUACCAUGACAGUUUGUCAACAAGUUGACACGAAAUGACUAGGCUACUAACUAAAAGGAGGGGAAAUUCCACGCAGAUCAGCUAUUUUUAAAUGACCCUGAUCCAAACCAGUAUAUAACACUGUAUUGUUGAAGCACUUGAUGUUUUUGUGUGGCCAUACUUAGAUGAGUGUUUCAAACCUUAAGUUCAAUAUAAGUAUAUUAGCCUACACUUUAGUAAGGAUACUCA